UGACCAGCCCACCAGACUGGAGUUUCCGCGACAGCUGAAAAGCAGUUAAUGCGUGUUUUUCCCCCCCCACCUGUACCGUUGAUCAUUUCUAACUCCUCAAGGGCCUAUUUUUGUAGAAUGGGAGACAAGAAGAGUCCCACAAGGCCGAAGCGGCAGUCCAAGCCGUUCACCGACGAUGGAUACUGGGAUUGCAGCGUGUGCACGUUUAAGAACAGCGCCGAGGCGUUCAAGUGCUUGAUGUGUGAUGUCAGGAAAGGAACGUCAACCCGAAAGCCACGACCCGUUGCUCAGCUUGUUGCACAGCAAGUAAAUCAACAGUUUGCAUCGCCGACGCAUCCCAAAAAGGAGAAGAAAGAAAAAUCCGAGAAGGACAGAAGUGACAAAGAUACAACACUGAAAAAGAAAAACCAGAAAAGGAUGAGGCCCAGGUUAAAGAACGUAGACAGGAGCAGCGCCCAGCAUCUGGAGGUCACGGUCGGCGACUUGACUGUAAUUAUCACAGACUUUAAGGAGAAAGUUAAAUCCACGUCUUCCUCAGUGAGCGCCGCCUCAGCAGACCAGCACAGCCAAAGUGGCUCAAGCUCCGACAACACAGAGCGAGGAGUCUCCAGGUGCUCCUCGCCCCGUGGGGAGACGUCGUCGAUUAACGGAGAGACUCACUAGCCCCCCACGCUCCCAGACGGCGUAACACACUGAUCUGCACUCUCCACGGUCUCGGUCAGAGAAUAAACUUCAACAUGCACAUUUUUCUUCAGAUAAAACCUGUCAGUAUGAUAGCAUCCAGGUUGUACAUUUCUCUGCCUUCCCCAUGUUUUACCCUGUGUGAUUGGUUCCAGGCUCUCCUGCAGCCAUCAUGAUGAACUAAAUGGAGCAGUAGCAUUAAAACUCUGACGUCUGUGUGUAGCCAUAUCACGUUUCUUGGUGCUUCAACAGUGUUACAUCAGCGUCACAGACUGAUGUUGGUCGCUGCACACAAUAAUUAGGUCAUGGUGGAAAUGUGAAGAAAUCAUCUCAGAAUAAGUUGGGGUUUUUUUUUUUGKUUUUUUUUUUCUCAACAUAAUUUGCACUUGUUGCCAAUCCUGUGUUAGUAACUUUUUUUGCAUUAUUUUUAUGUUUGUGUUAUAACACUGUUGGAUACCUGCCUUUUCCGGCACACAUUUUAUGCCAUUGAAUGCAAUAACUGCUUUACCAUCUAACAUCUAAAUACAAUUUUACUAAGCAAGCUUUGCCCUCAGUUUGUAGAGACAAGUCUGAUUUAAUCUAUAGAAUGGUUUAUAUUGUAAGAAAUUGAAUAAAAUGAAUUGUAGAUAUAUUAA